AUGGUUCGGCUACGACAACGCUAUAUGCUCUGCGAAGUCGUACAUAAAUCUGGAGAUAAAUUCCGAACGUGCAAUGUUAGCCGCAAUGAAAUCGAACAAGCAGUUCGCGCCCAGCUGGCAAAGUCAUAUGGUAUAUACGGGUCUGUCUUAUGCAGGGAAAGUUCGAUCAAGUAUUUUCACCAACCAACAGGCAUGGUAAUAUUUCGGUUCGCGCCAAACGGACAGCGAAUCUUUGGCGGAGCAAUCGCCCGGACGACAAUAGGAGAAUUUCACUUGACAAUCAAGCAGGUGGCUGGAACGUGCCGAACAGUCAACAAAAAGUUGAUUGAACUCUUCCGGAACGAUAUCGCGCAAGCACACGUCAUUUUUGAGAAGUUCGAGGAUUCGCGAGCCAAAGUGAGAGAAACGGAAGCUGAAGAACAACUUGAGCAACUUGAAAGCGGCGAAGGUGUCACAUUUUGA